AUGGCACAGCAGAAUGGCGUUACGGGCCACUACCGCAAGCACCUUCCAGACAUCAAUGUGCCGCGCUUCCAGAUGAUGAAGCAGCAAGAUGCUCACGAGUAUGCUCACGACUUCAAGACCAAGCACAAUCCGCCAUGGCUACAUGCUCUGUAUAUGUACUGGCGUUCUCUGCUAGCGGAGCCUUUCAAGGGUGUGACCAGCGAUGGCAACGUAAGAGAAGGUCUCUUCCACUACGAAGACGAAGGCGUCGAGAUCGAGAACAUCGUCAAGGCCGCAAACUCCCUCCUCUCCCAAGUCACCGACGAGCAAAAGCAAGUCCUGAGCUACCACAUCGACAGCCCUGAAUGGCGGACAUGGUCCAACCCCGAAUUCCUCCUCGCACACAAAGGCCUCCGUCUCGACGAACAAUCAGGACAAAUCCGUGACUCCAUCCUUGCAAUCCUCAAAGCCACCCUCUCUCCAGAAGGCUACGGAAAAGCAAUCUCGGCCAUGCGCAUCAACGGCUUCCUCGGCGAACUCGUCCAAGGCACAAAAGUUAUGAAUGAGUUCAGCUACAACUUCGUCCUCUUUGGCGAGCCCUCUUCUACAGAACCCUGGGGUUGGUCAUUCUACGGUCACCACCUCUGCCUCAACAUUUUCCUCUUCAAGCGUCAAAUCGUCAUUUCACCCUGGUUUACCGGAGCAGAGCCCAACGAGAUCGACUCUGGUCCUUACAAAGGCACCCGCAUCCUCACCCGCGAAGAAGAACUCGGUCUCCAACUCAUGCAAUCUCUCAGCCCAGAACUACAGCAAAAGACUCAAAUCUACAAACUGAUGAAAGACCCGGCCAUGCCAGAAGGACGCUGGAACAGAGACGAUCAACGCCAUCUCUGUGGUGCAUACCGCGAUAACCGCAUUGUGCCUUACGAAGGCAUCACGAUGCAAGACAUGACUUCAGAGCAACAAUCUCUCGUCUCCAGCAUCAUCGACGAGUAUUUCCUCUACCUCCCUGCUUCCUCUCGGGCCAAGAAGCUCAAGCACGCAUUAUCCUUUGCUUCAGAGACAUAUUUCAGCUGGAUUGGCGGCUAUGGUCCUGAAGACCCAUUUUACUAUCGCAUUCAAUCGCCUGUGGUGAUUGUAGAGUUUGACCAUCACUCAGGCGUCUUUUUAAACAACGAGCAGCCGGCGAAGUUCCAUAUCCAUACUCUACUGAGGACGCCCAACGCUGGUGAUUACGGCCAUGCUUUGAAGAAAUGCAUCCCAGCGAAAGAGCAGUUCUUUACAUGGGAGCCUGAAGAUGCGUCAAAAGGGCCUGGCAAUCACGCCAGCCGCUUGGACUAG